CACGGACGCAUUGUCACAAUGUUCGUGCUCCUACUGUGUGUUGUGCCCCUGGUGAGCGGGGACACGUACAACGUGGUACUGGGCACGCAGCAGCAUGUCAACCUGGUAGACAGGAGGUUCCUCAGUUUUACCGUCGACCCCAAAUACCUGUUUGAGAGCGAGAAGUAUAAGACCAAGGAAUGCCUCUGCAUGGCGACAUCUCUGGCGCCCGCGUACCUGCGCGUGGCGGGGCCCAGCACAGACCGUCUGCUGUGGAGGAACACCAGCAUUUCUCUUGAUGAUGAUGAUUAUGAUGAUGGAUCCCGUGUCCUCUCCGUGUCCAGUCGUCAAUACGAGCGUUUCGUGAAAUGGGCUCGCAGCACCGGGUUCCGGCUGGUGGUGGCAGUGGGUGGAGCCGGCUGGGAGAAGAUGGUGGGGAGAGCUGAUGUGUACUGGCAGUUGGGUUAUGAAUGCACGAACCAGUCCAUCGAGGAGUAUCUCAGUGACCUCGAAUCUCUGCGGAUGCUGGUGGAGUCUGCCGGGCGGGGGAGGGUGGUGGGGGGCGACAUCACGCCGUGUCUCCGAGCCAGGAGCGACUUCAAGGACUACGUGACGCUGGCCAAUGAUAGGAUGGACGCGAUUUUGUUGAAUAGCAAUUCCUCAUCCCGUGAGCUCGAACGCCUAUCCGAGCGAGACCGCAUCUCCCUCCUGCGUCUGCUCUCCCAAUCCUCGACCCCACUGUGGCUGACGGAGACGGACCAGGAGAGCAGCGGGCACCAGGCUCUCAGCGAGCUGUACAGAGCGGCCGACUGGAUGACCAGCCUCGGAUACUCAGCAAGGAACGGUUUCUCCGUGCACUAUAGGGAGUUGCUUGAGAAAGAGCUGUACGAACCAACUUUGAGUUUCUACAUGGCGCUACUCUUCAAGAACCUAGUCGGAGAGCGCGUGUUAAGCGUCGACGUGGACUCCCCUGCAGCCAUGUUUGCUCACUGCACCACCCUGCGUCACCAGCGAGUGGCGGGCGCGGUGACGUUGUACGCGGCUAACAUGAACGAGGAGGUGGCGCGGUUCUCCGUCAAGCUGGGGGACGUGGAGGAGGGGGGAGACGUGCUGCAGUUCAUCCUGGGACAUGAUUAUAAUGGGAACAUCGUGGUAAAUGGGCGUCCUAUGUACUACGAAGGAGAUAUUAAGCCAGUGGUCAGAAGAAUUCGUCCUUACAAGACGCUACUUCUUAAUCUACCUUCCAAUUCAUUCGGCUUCUGGGUUCUCGCCAACACAAAAGUAGAAGCUUGUCAAAACGUUAAUGAUGAUGAGGAAAAAUCACAGGAAGAUAUGGUGGUAGAAUUGGUUAAAAGAGCUGUAAAUUAUAAUACUACUGGCGUAGAAGAAACGCAGAAGACUAGUAAAGUAAAUGAAGGCAUAUUGGAAAAGUCACGACCAAAAUCAAGGAUUGAUGAAAAACAUAAUAAUUUAAAAGUAGCAAAAAACGUUAAGCGCGAUAAAACUUUUAAAGUAAAAAGAGUUCGCCGUGAUAUUUUCAAUAGAGAAUCUAGGUUUCACGAUAGAGAAUCAAUAUUUGAUAACCUAUUAUCAAAAGUGAAUAUACCAUUGGGUUACAGUGGAGAUAUAAUGGAGAGGAUAAAUCAAAUAAAAGAAGAUAAUCUUGAGAGACUAAGGCAGAAAAAAGAAGAGCUAUCGUCAUUAGUAAAACGCCACUCUAGAAGAUUGUUAAAACGGCGACCUAAAAUGGAUAUAAAUGAUUAUUAUCGCCCGAAAAGAAGACAAGAUUCUUACAGACAGAAAAGUAAAUCCAGAAAAAGUAAAAGCAGCAAUCGAAGUGAAAAAAUAAAUGAAGACGUUCCAAACAUUGAAGUAUCUAGCGAACAUAACAGAAAAAAAAGAAGCAUUUUAAAUAAAAAAGAAGAAACAGCAGAAAAUGACAAAGAUACAUCUGAAAAUAAAAUAGAUAAAUCCAGCGAGUUACAUCACAUAGAUAAAAUAAUACACAGAGUGAAGAAAAUAGGAGAAAUGCCAGUUAAAAUAGUAGCAGGAACUGAAAAUUAUGAUUAUUACGACGAAGUAUUGGAUGGUUUGACUCUAAACACUAAAAUGUCAGAUGACAGUGCUAUGGUUAGAAUAGAAGAUGAAUCACAUUCUGGAUUAUUGAAGAAUACUCUGCAGGAUAUAAUGGGACUAUUGAGAGAUUUAAACCAGCAGAUUAACAGGUUUUGGAGUGCUAUAACUGUACUAAACUGAAGAAUGUUAGGUAGCUAUAUAUUAUAGUUAAGUGUAAAUUGUGUAAAUAAAUAGUUAGUAAUUUUA